AUGGCAGCGUCCACGGCCUCGCGCACCUUCGUGCCCUUCCUCCACCGGCACCAGCAGCGCAGGAAAGCAGUCGUCGUCGUCGUCACCGCUGCGAGCACGCCCGAAGCCGAACCAACUCCAGCGACGGCGGACGGCGCGGGACCAGGGAAGAAGAAGACGGUGGACACCAGGAUACACUGGUCCAACCCUGACGAAGGGUGGGUAGGGGGCAACGCUAAGAAGGAAGGCGACGGCGGCCGCGGCCGCGGCGGCAGCAAGAACGAGCCGUUGGGAGGGAGGUUCGCCGACCUCAUCAACAACGCGUCCGAGUCUCACUACCAGUUCCUGGGGAUAGCGCCGGAGGCGGACAUCGAGGAGAUCAAGGCGGCGUACCGGCGGCUGUCCAAGGAGUAUCACCCGGACACAACGACGCUGCCGCUCAAGGUGGCGUCGCAGAAGUUCAUCCGCCUGCGGGAGGUGUACAACGUGCUGAGCAAGGAGGAGACACGGCGGUUCUACGACUGGACGCUGGCGCAGGAGGCCGAGAGCCGGCGCCUGCAGCAGCUCAGGUCCAGGCUCGAGGACCCCUUCGAGCAGGACAUCAUCAACUACAAAUCCGUGCCGGACAUGGUUGACCGCCUCGGCGGCAAGAACAUGAAGCUCAGCGACCAGGCCAUGACUGCGCUCACCUUUGAUAUCGUCAUCAUCAUCAUCUCCAUCUGCAGCAUCAUCUAUGCUGUGUUCUUCAAGGAGCAGUACUGA